CUUACACUUCGUUUCAUACUAUUCCAAAAGCCACGCACAUCCAAAUUCAAGACAACAUCCAAAGAUCACGAGUUAGAUCCUAAGGAGUACUAUACUGAGUUCGUGUCUUGGCUUGAUAAGAACGGUAACCCCAUGUUCUACAAAAAUGGCAAACCGAAACUUCAGGCAAAGCAAAAAAGGCUCGCAGAGAUGGAUGGUCUGAAUGAGCAAAACCCGGCCGAACGUUCUCGUGCUGCAGCUUCCUCGCAGCCUGUAAAUGAGAAUGCAGUUGGACCUGUCGUCAAUAACUAUGUUGAUACGGACGACAUUAUCGAUAUUGAUGGCAAUGAAGAGCCGUCACCCAGACGCACCAACCAGCAAAGAAUGCAGCAGCAGCGGUCCACUUUGCAACUUGAGGGUCAACGAGAAGAAGAUCCAUCCGAGGGUGAGCGUUACGAUAUAUCACGAGCCCGCUGGAAAAGCUUGAUUGAAUGGCGCCCUGAUGCUGGACAAUAUCUUCGCUCUCCAUAUAACCCAAGAAUGAAAUGGAACUUGCAAGAAUUCGACAAGUAUACGAUGGUCUCUACGAAAAAGUCAGUCUUAUCAGAAAUUCGCUAUCUGAAGUGGGUUCAUUGA